UCAAUUUUCAAUAAUAUACCAAAAGGAGAUGAAAAUAUGCUCACCACCUCAGACACAGUCACAUAGGAGACGUGUUGGUGGGUCAGCUUAUAGUUGAACUGCUAUAAAUGUAGCUCCAAUGGCCGCUAUUCGACCAUGCAUUUCUAAUUUAUCAGAGCUGUUAUAUUCAUUCUACUGUUUAAGAGGUACUUAUAUGGAGAUGAAUCCCGAGGGGAGGGUCAAUGAACUCAAAUAUGAUUGCUUGCUUUUUGAUAUGGAUGACACUCUAUAUCCCAUGAGCUGUGGUCUCAACUUGGCUUGCCGCAAGAACAUAGAAGAGUUCAUGUUGCACCACUUACAUAUUGAAGAAAGUGAAGUACCAAGGAUGUGUUUGGAACUAUACAGAGAAUAUGGAACAACAAUGGCUGGUUUGAAGGUUCUUGGUUAUGAAUUUGAUGAUGAUGAGUUCCAUGCAAUAGCUCAUGGAAGAUUACCUUAUGAGAAAUUGAAGCCUGAUCCUGUAUUGAGGAACCUUCUCCUUUCUAUUCCACAAAGGAAAAUAAUCUUCACUAAUGCCGACAAGGGUCAUGCAGCUGAAGUUCUGAAAAGGUUGGGGUUGGAAGAUUGUUUUGAAGGCAUCAUAUGCUUUGAAACCCUUAAUCCUCCCGUUAAAACUGCUAAUUAUACGGAUGCAUCAGAUGACAAGAAUUGUCACUCCAAGCCAAGAAUCCUCUGUAAACCCUCUUUGGAGGCAAUGGAAGCAGCUAUUGAAAUUGCAAAUGUCGACCCCAAGAAAACUAUCUUCUUUGAUGACAGUGCUAGAAACAUUGCAAGUGGGAAAGCAGCUGGACUUCACACAGUCAUUGUAGGGAGCUCAGUCCUAGUGCCAGGUGCAGACCAUGCCUUGAGUAGCAUACACAAUAUCAAGGAAGCAAUACCUGAAAUAUGGGAGGGUGAAGAGGAGCAUCACGAGCAGGUUAUCCAGUCCAGUGCAGUUGAAACUGUGGUUAUUGCUUAGGUUUCUCCUUAGUUCACACAUAUACACAUACACUGGGAUAUUAGAGUUGGAAGCUCAUUCUAUUUGAUAUGAUUAUGUAAUACCAUCCUCGACAUUACUUCAACCUUAGCGGCACCAGGAUAAUGAAACCCGAGUUACAAUUUAUCUAGUAAAGCCUUGUUGUGCUGAGAUUGUAAGCCAACAUUAGCAUUUAUGUUCAAAUAUAAAUAAUAUGUUCACUUCUAGCA